AUGGAUAUUUCUCAACUUCCGGACAUCACCGGCUUGCUUGUCAGGCCAGAUAACCCUCCGCGAGAGGAUGUCGAAGGAAUGGAUUACAUGCGAUGUGCACAUCUAUACAACUACCUGAUCCAAUAUGCUUGGCUCGCUGAAGGCCGUCCACUGGCAACUCUGAAUGGCAACAGCACCAACUUUUUCACGGUCCACGGUGCUGAAGCUGAGGCUCUUCGUCCAAGACUUGAUCCGUCGGUGGUGGCUUUCCUUGACAACGCUAUCAUACCUCCUUGGGAAGGUUUUAAUGAUACGCCACUCUCUAUUUUCGCAACGGGUCUUAAUUCGCCACAAACACUAUUUGCGGAAGAUGAAGCUGAUCUUGAAGACCAGCCGGUUGACAGCAUGCUACGCUUGUGCCAUGUGGCCUUAGAAACCAAUGACAGUAAUGGGGGUGUUAUCUACCACCAAUGCCACCAUCGCGUCGCGAUCUUCAUGCAUACUGAUGACUGGGUCUUCGGGUUUCCAGUUAAGGAUCAUCCAGACGUUUGGAACCCAUUCGAGACAGUGCUCUCCCACUGGAUCGACCUAAUUCAUAUUGGAAAAGUCGUGGCUGCGCCUCAUGAAGAGCCAGCCCUAUUCGAAUUCGAGAAGAUCGGGCCCUGGGAGUGGCGGCCCUAUAGCGAAGCUCAGGUUACUACGUGUGUCGGCGCGUGGGAUCGUCUGUGUCAGGCUAUCGAGGCGCGUAUCUCGCAGCUGCCAAACCCACCAUCGCUAAUUGGCCCCAUUUCCGGGACUGAUCCAGAGCCACUGGUUGCAUCAAUUGUCCUGGACGCCGCUUCGGUGCCCGAUCCUUCCUUUGCGCGUUCAUUUCUGACGUGCGUGAGACGACCCUGGUUUCACUACAUCGCUCCGGGCCUUCUUCUGCCCCCAGCUGACUCGUCUGGAUUUGUGGCAGCACAGCCAUUCGCUGUGUUGCCCCGCUCUCAGCACACUGUACCGCCAGUGUGCCUUUUCCCCUCCGACAGUAAAGACCAGCUUCCUAUCGAGCUCACCAGAUUUAUAAUUCCAUGGUCAAUAGAGGAUUUUACGCACGCACCUUCUUCCAUCUCUGCGGGUCUGUAUACUACAGCAGUGAAUAGAAAAUGGGAUGAUAUGGUCGAGGAUGGAUUUCAGCUGUUUCUCCCGUUCACUGUCAAUGCUGGUUAUGGCAGGAAGAUAGGCGCACGAAAAAGCGAUGGGGAGCUUGUUGAUAGGGACAGCUUUUCACAACUCUUUCAGCAUGGAUUCAAGCCUUUUGGUGGUGACUACCAUCGCCCUCAGCGGCUGGAGCGUUUGUUGGAUUGUUGGCUCAAGCUGGUUAAAGAUGGCGUCUGGUCUGUUGGGCCGAAUGGGGUAGAAGGUACAAUCGAUACUUUCAAAGAUGCUGAGUCCGACCGUUGGGAGGAUUAUUAUAUUUCACCCACAUGGUAG